AUGUCGGACUUGGUUCACGGCCCUCAAGCCGACUUGGAUUGUGCUCACGACGUCAAGCAUACCCACAAAGUCCACGAUACCCACGAUGUAGAGUCUGGCUCUGGGAGCUCCGACAAGGAGUUCAAAGACGGAUCGACCUUCCCCGACGCUCACGAUGCUGGAACUAAGAGUACCGACGAGAUCAAAGCUCGCAAGAUUCGAGAGAACCAGGGCCUCUUCCGGACUUUGCGCCGUGGUGAGGAAUGGCUCGACGAGAAGAUGGGUAUAGAGACGCAGGGAAUCGAUCGCAUCCGUGAAGAGGACAAAAGGCCUCCGCCUCUGAUCAACAUCUUCUUCCUCUGGUGGUCGAUGACUUGCCACAUUGGUAGCGUGCCUAUCGGGAUUCUCGGGCCCGAGUUUGGUCUGUCUCUAAACCAAUCCAUCUCCGCCAUUGUGGUAGGAACUUUCUUGGGAGCCCUCUGCACUUCAUUCUGUGGAACUCUAGGCCCAAAGCUCGGUCUUCGAGCGAUGGCGACCUCUCGAUACUCCUUUGGUUUUUACGGCGCCAAACUCUGCUCCGUCCUCAAUGUUAUCAUUGGAGGUGGCUUCGCCGUGGUCAACACGGUCGUCGUCGGUCAGAUCCUCGCCGCCGUUUCCAAUUACACCAUGUCGCUCAUCGUCGGCUGUGUUAUUAUUGGCGUCCUCUCCUACGUAGUGUCGAUCUUUGGCUUCGCGAUAAUCCACACGUUCGAAAAGUACGCAUGGAUUGUGACAUUCAUCCUGCUCUGCGUCCUCAUCGGGGAGGUAGGCGACCAAGUCGACGCCUCACUCCCCGCCUUGGAGGGAGGCCUCGGGAACACGGGCUCUUGGUUGUCCAUGAUGGCCAUCUGCUUCUCCUCCUCCUCGGGAUGGUGUUCCAUCGCGGCAGACUACUAUUGCAACUAUCCAGCCGAUACCAAGACGUGGAAGAUCUUCACCCUGACUUAUUUCGGCAUAUCGAUCCCCACCACAUUCGUGACCAUCAUCGGUGCCUGUCUCGGCAACGCGGCGUUGACCAACAGAACCGCCCAGCCUCGGCUGUACGAAGCCUACGAGGCGCACGGCUUCGGCGGCCUGCUCCGCGAGUCCUACCACCCCACGGGCUUCGCCAAGUUCUCCCUCGUCCUCCUCGUCUUCUCGGUGCUCGGAAACAACAUCGCCGUCAACUACUCCUCCGGCCUCUCGCUCCAACUCCUCGGCCACCACUUCCACGCCGUCCCCCGCUUCAUCUGGUCCUUCCUCAACGCCCUGGUGAUCACGGUCCUCGCGAUCGCCGGCCGCGAGCACCUCUCCACCAUCGUCACCAACUUCGUCUCGCUGCUCGGCUACUGGACCGUCUCCUUCACCAUCAUCCUCCUCGUGGAAGACCGCUUCUUCCGCCGGACCGAAGGCUACAACCUCAACGCCUGGGACCUCCCCAAACGGCUCCCCUGGGGCGCCGCCGCCGUCGUGGCCCUGCUGGCGGGGUACCUCUGCGGCGGCGUCCCCGGCAUGGCGCAGACCUGGUACGUGGGCCCCGUGGCGCGGAAGUUCGGUCCGUUCGGAGGGGACGUGGGCAUCUACAUGAGUGCGGCCAUCACGUUACUCGUAUACACGCCCGCUCGGUGGUACGAGCGGAAGCUUUCGCACAAGUAG